GCGGAGCUCAACAUGCGGAGUCUCUAGGGGGCCGAGAGGAACCUUCCACCUCCCAAGCUGUAGAUGUCAGUAUGGGUGAGGGAUCGGCUCUGCAGCUCAAACAUGGCGGGUACUUUGAAAGAGAAACAGCUUUCCCGGGAGAUCUACGACCGUCUUCAGAGCCUCGGCUGUCCCCUCGUUGACGGGCUGUAUUUGCGGGAAGACGAGAGCAUGAGAGACCUGCUCUGCCUGCCUUCCUUACAUCGCUCCGAUAUCCUCAAGUGGAUCUGUGUCAGUGUUUGUCCAUCCUUCAACAAAAAGCUCUCUGUGCUGCGAUCAACAGAGACAGAUGCCAUCGAUCAAGAAAUCAUGGAGUUUGUCCAGGAGCUGAUGUUGUGCAAACCAGGUGACCUGAACUUAAUCAAGGGUCAGGCACCGCCCCUCUGCCAGCUGCUGUUCCUCGAUCAGCUCAUCUCCCUGAUCCCCAGCAUGCCUGCAGAGACGGCCUCUGGAUUUUCAUCCAGGACAGAGUUGGGUGUGGCUGAGCUGGUGGUGAGGAAUGAGGAAUUCCUGAGUGAGCUGCUGUCACCUUCACAUCUGGAACAACUGGGCCAGCUCCUAUCUCCCUCUUGCAGCCCAUGGACUGCUGAUGUCCGGGAGCUGUUGCACCGGAGCACAGCCCAGUGCAAAGCAGCCCAAGGUCAGUCAAUGACUAAGAGUGAAGACCACCCUGGAGGCGUGGUAGACUUACUACACUCCACUCAGUCCUUACUGGAGGACCUGCAGAAAGAGUGUGAGUUCCUGCAGGUGGCCUCCUCUCCUCCCCUUUCUCCCACCGCCCUGCGUGUCGCCAUAUCCGAUUUGUCUCAGCUGAUGUCUACCUUCAGCCAAGCUUUCUACGCGGACUUCAGGAGCUACUGCAAUCGAAGCCCCCCCAUUCUCUCCCCAGACACGCACACCUUCCAGAAAGUUCACCGCCUCCUCUCUGCCUGUAACCAGGAGCUUCAGGCUGUUCACCAGCUGUCAGACACCUGCGGUGCUGCUACUCAGACAGUGCAGCAGAUACUGACAGUCCGGCGCUACUGGGGAGAUGGACACAAGCACACCUUGGCUGCCAGGCUGGAAGAGCUGAAGCAGAGGUACUCGGAAUACCUGUCGCUGUGCCAGUGAGGGGUGGACCGUGCAAAAUGUCCUGUCGUCUUUACUUCCUCUGAGUCCCACAUGCUGCCUUGUCUCUGCUUUGGGGGAUUUUGUUCUCCCGUCUGUUAUUGUGCUCCUCUAUGUCUCUAUCCAUCAGUCUGCCUCCAGAGCACUUCCUUUACUGAAAUGUUUCUCAUUUUUUGACAAGUUUCAAAAAGCAGAUUGGCUCGUCGUACUCUGGAAAGGCACAAACCACUGGGGGCACUGUUUUGCAGAUGAAUCAUGAAACGCAGUCCUCUGUGGAUACUGCGGGCAUCCGGUAAUCCGCUCUGCAGAUCUGAGCUGCUGUAAUGAGGCCUUUCAGUGAAUAUGUAGAACUCUAGUUUGACUGUGUAAAACCCAACUCCAUCCUUCAGGAUGUUAAAUUUCCCCGUAAAUGCUGUACCCUAUUCCUGUUGCUGGGAACCCUCUGUCUUCCAUUUCUCCUUUUUGGUACUCUUAUUUAUAAUGUGUUAAUUCAUCUUAGGAAAAUAUGUUUGGUCUUAUAUAUUCAUUGGGAGCCCUUUUUGUGUUAAUAUAAAGACUGCUUCCACAACAAUGGGAAUUAUUAUAAACCCCCAACAGCUUCGAAGGGAAGAACAGAACUUUGUGUUCUGAACUUAAAAAGAAAAGGUCUCCAAUUACCUUCCGUUUGUAGAUCCGUUUUUGACAAACAAUAUCAAAAUUGUCCUCAGUAUUGACGUUAUUUUUGGCUCUCAGAGCUAGUUUGACUCGAUGGCAGCAAAAACGUACUUUUGCUUGUUUUAAGUAUUAAAUAAUUUUUCAGCA